AUGUCCAAAAGAUCAUCGACUUCUGAACACGAGGAAGGAAAGAAGCAAGCAAAGUAUGGUGAUGAUAUAGCUAUAGACUCUGAAUUGAUGGCUCACCAUGAGGGACAAUCUAAGGCUGAAAAUGGACAUGAUGACGAAUCAGAGAAGAAGCUGGAUAAGGGACAAGAUAAAAAUGAGGAAACUGAAAGUGCAGCUAUUGGUGCUGUGGCCAGUGCUGCCGCUGCUAUCAACGAACAACAGCAAGAGCAGCAGCAACAACAGCAACAGCAACAGCAACAGCAACAGCAACAGCAACAACAACAGCAGCAGCAGCAAGCACAACAAGCUUAUCAUCAGAAUCUUCUCAAGCAAAAGAUUGAGCAAGAACAAGCUCGUCAGGCUCAACAUCAAUCUCCAGAAGGUGGCCAUUUGUCAUCACACGGUUCACCACUUGAACAUCAUCCUGGAAGUCCUGGUAGUGACUAUCAAGGUUCCAAUUCAAGCAAGCCACAACAUGGCACAGAAGAAUGGCAUAAACAAAGAAAAGACAAUCACAAAGAAGUGGAAAGACGCAGAAGAGAAGCAAUCAAUAUCGGUAUCAAGGAAUUGGCUGAAUUGAUUCCUACAAGGGACACAAACAAGACACAAAUCUUGCAAAGAGCAGUAGAAUAUAUCAAAAGAUUGAAAGAAAAUGAGAACAACAAUAUUGAGAAAUGGACUUUAGAAAAGUUAUUGACUGAGCAAGCGGUCUCUGAGUUGAGUGCAUCUAACGAGAAGUUGAAACAAGAAUUGGAAAGAGCCUACAGAGAAAUUGAACGUUUAAAGGAAAAGCACAAGUAA